UUCGACACUCUCAUUGACCUCCAUACAAAACUCCUCACUUUGUGGGCAAAAAUGCCACCUGAUGGACGGAGACAGAUUUCCCUCCGAGUUGGGCCUCUCUCUUUACCUCUUACUCUCUACUUGUAGUAUUUUAGAAGCGAUCAUGGGGCGAAGAGUCCAUGUCGUAUUUGUUAUUGCAUGAAAUGCUUCAUACCUGCUUGCCUAGCAUACGAUAAUUGAUAAUACUGCUACUUAUUCUAUUUCAUCAUGUCUCACUACGAAGAAGUAAAGGUCCAUGGUUAUGAUGAAUUUUGCAAAGCAGUGUCUGAGAGGAAAGGAAAGAACAUAUUUGCAUAUUUCUCUGGUGAUAAAGACGCUCAAGGGUUGAGCUGGUGUCCAGAUUGUGUGAAAGCUGAGCCAGUUGUUAGAGGAGAGAUGUCCCACCUUCCUGAGGGCUCAGUCUUCUUCUACUGUCAGGUUGGAGAGAGGCCAUAUUGGAAGGAUCCCAAUAAUGAAUUCAAGAAGACUCUGAAGCUCAGUGGAGUUCCCACUCUGAUCCGAUAUGGCACGCCUCAGAAGCUGGUUGAGGAGGAGUGCUUCAAAGCUGACCUGGUGAGGAUGAUGUUCACUGAGGACUAGAGGGCUACAGAGGACCACACUCACCCUGCACUUGGUCAUCUUCCAUUUCCCUCUCUCCUGAGAUCCAGUCCCAGCCCAAUCACCUUUUCACUACACUUGAUUGAAUUGAAAUGAUUGUUUCUUUGGAAUUCAAAUACACACUCCUCUCCCUGUGAGUCAGUGUUAAUCAGUGAAUGUGUUGCUAUUCUUACAUGGAAAUAAAAAGCAACUAUAACAUAACCAGAGGCCUUGGUAGAGCUAGCUGACUGCUUUUAGAACUUGAUGUUUAAUUUAGUAAAUUAAAUAGAAGAGUUAUAAUAACAUAGCCCACUUUUGACAAAUAAAUUAGAUUCCCAUAAGUGGUAGGCAGCCUACUCCUAGAAUGUGUUGGGCCAGACAAAGUGUGUCAAAUGAAUUGAAUCUCAUCAAUUGAUGAUUCUUGUUUCUUACUUACGGCAGUAAUCUAUAGAGUGAGGAUAUAAACUGAAGCAUUACCUAGUAUACUGUGAUUGUCAUGUUAUAGUGAAUAACUUAGUCAAAUGAAAAGAAAUGAUGGCUGGAUGAAAACAUUGUAAUGUGUAAAAUGAAGUUUGUCUAUAGUGCAGUUCACUUUGUGAGAAGCUAGGUGGCUCCCUCAGCCUGUCUAAAUAUAUUAGGCCUAAUAUGUCUUAUAAUAAAAAUAAUUUUAAAAAUCA